AGGCACAGUUGCAGAUGAUGCAUAUUCAAACUCUUACAAUUCACAACCUUCCAUGGCUUCUUAUCAUGGCAAUUUGUUAUACUACUUUCUCUGCCUUCUUUUCUUUGUCUGUGUGUCCAAUGGCCAAAGUUCCUUUAAACCUAAGGGAAUUAUACUUCCAGUAAUCAAAGACUCUUCCACUUUGCAAUAUGUAACACAGAUUAACCAGAGAACCCCUUUUGUUCCUGUUAAACUCAGCAUUCAUCUUGGUGGUCAAACCUUGUGGGUAGAUUGUGAACAAGGCUAUGUUAGCUCGACUUAUCGGUCUGCUAUCUGCGGAUCGCCUGAAUGCAAGAUUGCUAAGCCUAACAUUUGCGAGAACUGCACCGACAAUCCUCCAAGGCCAGGUUGUAAUCUGAAUGCCUGUUUCAACACCCCUGAAAAUCCUUUCAUCAAUACUUUGUACAGUGGUGGUGAAAUCGCUGUCGACGCGUUAUCCAUCCAAUCCACAGAUGGAGUCAAUCCAGGGCCAGUUUUGAAGGUGCCAAACUUCAUCUUCACCUGUGUUCCAUCUUUUCUAGCUGAAGGUCUUGCCAGUGGAGUUAAAGGCACUGCUGGUUUGGGGAGGAAUGAUAUCGCGCUGCCAUCCCAACUCGCUCGCGUGUUUGGCUUCCCAAGGAAAUUCGCGAUAUGUUUAAGCUCUUCCACAAGUUCUAGAGGUGUUGUAAUUCUUGGAGAUGGUCCUUAUAUCAUGAUGCCAAAUAUUGAUAUCUCCAAAAAUCUCAUUUAUACUCCAUUGCUCAUUAACAAAGUUGGAACUGGAUAUGUGCCUUACUUAAAUGAGCCUUCAUCUGAGUACUUCAUUGGAGUAAAAGCUAUCAAUAUCAGCGGUAAAGCAGUGCCAAUCAACAAGAAACUGUUGGCCAUUGACAAGAAUGGCUUUGGUGGAACCAAAAUCAGCACUGGAAAGCCUUACACAGUUAUGCAAACUUCAAUCUACAAUGCAGUAUCAAAGGCUUUCGCUGAAGCGCUCGCUAACGUCCCUAAGGUGCCCCCGGUAGCGCCUUUUGGUACAUGUUACAGCUCUAAAAGGAUCGGCAGCACGGUAGUUGGACCCGCGGUUCCUUCCAUUGAUCUUAUUUUACAGACACAAAGAGUGUUAUGGAGAAUCUUUGGUGCAAACUCAAUGGUGCAAGUGAACAAGGAUGUCAUCUGCCUUGGUAUUGUGGAUGGAGGAGCUAGUCCUAUGACCUCAAUUGUCAUUGGUGGCCAUCAGAUUGAAGACAAUUUACUGCAGUUUGAUAUUCCAAAUUCAAGGCUUGGAUUCAGUUCUUCACUCCUGUUUAGUCAAACAACAUGUGCCAACUUCAACUUCACUUCUCGAGCUUGAUUACUUUCAAUCUAUCCCUUCUGAGUUUUGAACUAUGAUUGUAUGCAAAAGAAUGAAUUUUGAACUUUGGUUAAUAAAAAAGUGAAGGUUUUUACUAAGGAAUGUGUUCUGAUCUUGACUGUAAUUUAGUCGUUACUCAUAUGCAAUUAAAAAAAAAAUAGCUUUCUUUAAUUUAAUUGUGAAUGGAGUCAAAUUUAAGGUACAUCUUAGUUGUGUAUGAACUGUCAUCAUUCAAUUCUACUGCCGUAUUGCGUGUGGAAAAGGGUCAUAAUCCUAAGAAUAAUCAAAAGUCAACUCUUUAUUCAUUAGUUACUCCCUUUCGUUCCAUUUUAAAUAGUCUAUUUUGUUGAACUAA